CGUUAAAGAGCGUCACAAAAAGCAUGACAGGCUUCAGCUCCGUCGCCAUAGUAGCGGGCUCCGUUGAACUGAACUUAAUCUGUGAGAUGCUGCAGCCGGUGAAAGAGGUGACCUGAGAAUGACAGAGACCGAUACUCCAAAAUUGGCGAAGAAGCCCCGUUGGACCUCUCUGGAAAUCGGCCUCAUUACUAUCACCUCUUUGUUCUUCAUUGUCAUUGUUGUCCUCAUCAUCUUGUUUGCCACCCAGUCCGAUAAAAUCUGCACCACAGCUGACUGCACACGGUCAGAGGGAGCCGGCAUGGGAGAAGUGAGGCUGCUGCAGAGGCAUUUUAGACAUGCUCAAUGAAAAUGGCCUCUUCCAAUGAGACAUGUUCUCUUUCAGUCAAAACCACAAUAAAACAGA